CAGCUCACGCGCGCACGGCAGAACCCAAUCGGAGCCGACUUCCCCCGACCGCACCGGAUCGGGCCACGGCCGAGCGCAUGGGCGGAGCAGGCGAGGGCGGCGGGAGCGGGGACGGCGGCGGCGAGUCCCCGCCCUCGGGGGCGCUGGCGGCGCUCAACAUCCGGUGCGCGAACGGCACCAAGUUCACGGUGCGCGCGGACCUGGGCGCCACGGUCGGCGCCUUCAAGGACGUCGUCGCCGGGAUCUCCGACGUGCCCGCGCCCCAGCAGCGCCUGAUCUACAAGGGCCGGAUCCUCAAGGACGAGCAAACCCUAGAAAGCUACGGAGUUGAGACAGAUCACACCAUUCACUUGGUGCGAGGCGUUGCCCAACCGGCUGCUUCAGGAGCACCUGCUGCAGCUAGCCCCCAAGCUUCAACUACUCCUGCCAGUGGUCCUGCAGGUGGCUUAUUUCCAGGCCUUGGUGCCACUGGAGCUGCCAGUGGCAGACCAGCAGGUUUAUUUGGGGCUGGACUUCCGGAAUUAGAUCAAAUGCAGCAGCAGUUGAGCCAGAAUCCCAACCUAAUGAGGGAGAUAAUGAAUAUGCCAAUGAUGCAGAAUCUCAUGAAUAACCCUGAUCUAAUACGCAAUAUGAUUAUGAAUAAUCCACAAAUGCGUGAUAUUAUCGAUCGGAAUCCAGAUCUUGCCCAUGUCCUCAAUGACCCAAGUGUUCUCCGCCAGACCCUUGAAGCUGCCAGAAACCCUGAAAUCAUGAGGGAGAUGAUGCGGAACACAGACAGAGCUAUGAGCAACAUCGAAUCAUCCCCUGAAGGCUUCAAUAUGCUCCGGCGUAUGUAUGAAACUGUUCAGGAGCCUUUCCUUAAUGCAACCACAAUGGGAGGUGGUGGGGAAGGCACCCCAGCCUCUAACCCGUUUGCAGCUCUUCUUGGAAAUCAGGGGUCUAACCAACCCAGCAAUCCUGCUACAAAUGCUCCAACUACUGGCCAAGAGUCCACAACAGGAACCCCUGUUCCAAAUACUAAUCCACUUCCAAACCCCUGGAACACCAAUGCUGGUGGUGCGCAAGGAACAACGCGGUCAGGUCCUGCUGCCAAUACCAGGACUGGUGCAACAGGUGGCCUAGGAGGCCUGGGUUCACUAGAUUUGAACAGUCUGCUCAGUGGUCUUGGUGGGAAUGCAAGAACCGGUGCUGCUGGUGGUCUAGGAGGGCUGGGAUCAGCAGAUUUGAGCAGUCUGCUCGGUGGUCCACCUGAUGCUUCUCAUUUGAGUCAAAUGCUGCAAAACCCUGCUAUGAUGCAGAUGAUGCAGAACAUUAUGUCUGACCCACAGUCAAUGAACCAGUUGCUUAACAUGAACCCAAACGCACGUAACUUGAUGGAAUCAAAUACUCAGUUAAGGGAUAUGUUCCAAAAUCCAGAAUUUCUUCGCCAGAUGACAUCCCCAGAGGCUCUGCAGCAAUUACUCUCAUUCCAGCAGACACUGUCAUCACAGCUUGGCCAACAACAACCUAGCCGGGAUGGUAACCUAGGAGGCAAUGGCACAGGCACGCAGGGAAAUGCUGGCCUGGACAGCCUUAUGGGCAUGCUCAGUGGGCUUGGUGCUGGAGGUGGCUUAGGUGUACCAAAUACCUCCAAUGUGCCACCAGAGGAGCGCUAUGCAACACAACUUGGUCAGCUCCAGGAAAUGGGUUUCUUUGACACUGCGGAGAACAUCCGAGCGCUGAUGGCCACUUCUGGGAAUGUACAUGCUGCUGUGGAGCGCCUUCUUGGGAAUUUUGGCCAGUAGAUAAAAUGAGCCAGACGCUGCCCGUAAUCUCACUGUUUCUGUAGCCCCAUAUUCUCAGGCAGUGUCUGUCUACAGUAAAAAGGACGGAAUAAUACCAGAAGUUCAUCAGCCAUUGACUCUUUUUCCCCGUACAUGGUUGUCAUGCCUUUGUUUUUUACAGUAUUGUAUUGACAAUUUGGAUUGAUGUAAAUACAUAUCAGAUCAUCAGGUGUUACCGCAAAAGUUAUGUCUAA